UGGGGAACUGCGAUCGCUUCCGGCCCAGGGUUAAGGGUUAUCAGGGCUCGUGGAGCAGCUAGGUCCUCCAUUGCCCUCCUGGCCACGCUCCCGCGAGAGUGCAAAUUGGCAACUGUGCAUGCCACAGCAAUCUGCGCAGGAGAGGACCCCAUUUACUAUACGACCCCAGGUUUCGGGCCGAUGGAGGUCAGCUACGGGUGGCUCUUGGUAGGAGCCGGGACGGGACUAUGUGCAGGAAUCUUUCUAAUGGCUAUGGUGUGGCUGUUGCGCAACGUCGUGCGUGCGGGCAAACCAAUGCCACCGGAGCUACCAGUACAGCGUCCGCCUUUCCCAUGGCAUACGGCGACAGAGCGUGCACAAUUGCAUGUGCUCCGGGACAUACGGGCUGGAGGUCGCGAGUCCCUCCGCACUAUGGCGGCACGCAGUGGGAAGACCGAGACGGAGUUUUUAUAUCAUCUUGCCGGCAUCCCCGUGCCGUCCUUUGGCGGGCCACCGCCCGGGGGGGCCGGGUACCACCCAUAUUAGUCCAGCCCGCGCACAGCGUGGGCAACCACCUGCACAACAGCACCGGUGCAGAUGGGAAUUCGACGGGUGCGUGCGAUCUAUGGCGGGAUGAGUACGGGGACAGCAUUGGUACCUACAGCUUUCCAGGCAGCAACGUCGUUUACAUUAGCGCCAACACCAUCGCUAGCAUCGGCUUCUACAUCCCAUUCCACGGUCUGCAGGAGAAGAGGAGGGACGAUAAAAGAGGCAUCGGUUCCCCGGCCUGCUUGGCUGCGGCGUCGGAGUGCCAGGCGGCCGACCCGGCCGCACAGCGUCUGCUGGACGCGGUAGCGUCGCUCAUGCCGCCGGGCCCCGUCGGCGCCUUCGCCGCCGCAGGCGGUCCCGACCAGUCGCUGGAGGGCGUCGUGACCGACUGGAGGGGCAACGAAGGUUUCGGGUACAUCCAGUUCCAGGACGGCAGGAGGGCCCGCGUCCUCAGGGACGCGGUACUCGGAGCAGAGCUGCGGACAGGCGACGCCGUGGUCGGCGACGUGGCGGGCGACGCCUCGAGCCCGGGCAGCUGGGUGGCGGUGAACGUGCGGGUGGCCCCGUCGGCGGCCGUGGAGGCGGACCUGCAGCGGAGCCUGGCCGCCGCCGUCGGGAGCCUGAUGAGCUCGGGGGCCCUGGCGGGCGGGCAGACGCUGGCGAGCCUCGGCCACGCCGUCCAGGGCGGGGAGGACGCGGUCGUCAGCGAGUGGAACGAGGCGGGCGGUUACGGCUUCCUGACGACGGGCGACGGACGGCGGGCCUUCAUCCACAGGAGCAUGCUCGGGCAGCUCCCUGGCCAGGGCCUGGCGGUGGGCUCCACCAUGCGAGUGACCGUCAAGCCGGACCCCAGGAACCCCGGCAAGUGGACGGUCGACCAGGUUGUGGCGCAGCCGCCGGGGGCGCCGCAGGGCGCCGCACCCCCCAUGGGCGACACCGCGAGCGGCACCGUGGCCAGCUGGAACGAGGACGGCGGUUACGGCUUCCUCGACAUGGAGGACGGCAGGAGGGCCUACAUCCACCGGAGCAUGUUCGGGGGCGCUGGCAGCCUCGCCGUGGGUUCCCGCCUCCUCGUCAGCACCAGACCUGACUCCCGGAAUCCUGGCAAGCUCUGUGUGGGAGAGGUGCUGGCCGGAGACAUCGUCGACUCAGGCGCCGGGCCUCCCGCGAAGAGGGCCCGCCCGGGCUGAGCGCGCCCGUCGCGGCUCCCGGGGCGCGCGGCCGCGCGUCGACGCUCCGCGGCGGCCGCGGCCCCGCGCGGCAUCGCGAGGGGGGAAAGUCGAGGG